AUGAUUAGUAACUCGAAAAGUGACAAUGUUUAUUGUGUUCUUCCUUUCUUCAAUUGUUUCCUCUUCUACAUCACUAUAGAAGUACCUCGUUACUCACAACUCUUGAGCCUCAUUUUGAAAGCGCCUCAUACUCAUGGUCAGGCUAUUGAGGCCGUUACCGAACAGGUUUUAAAGACUGUUUUAUGCCCGAACUCCUUGGAUUUUAUGACAGGCCAAUCGCGUAGGCAUACCAGCGCCUUUAUCUUCGCCAAAGAGGUCGCGGUCAAGCCCGCCAUGGCGCCUCUCCGUAUUUCCGCCGAUGAUACGAGCGGGAAAUGGGCCUUCUCGUAG